GUAAAGAAUAUUAACUAAGUAAAAAAUCCACAAUAUCUAAAAUAUUAAAAAAUAAUAUUAUAUAUACAGACAGCUCUUAUAUCUCAAAUACCGGUUGUAGUAUAUUUGUGUUUAAUCAAAUUAACCCAAAUGAACAGACACAACCUUGUGUCAUUUAGUGUUAUUCCAGCGGGUACUUUGGGCACUUCCACAGUGCCUGGAGAAGAGAAAGAGGCUAUUGUUAACGGUCAAAACAAAUAUUAAAUCUGCUAUGUGCACUGUAACAGAGAAUAGUUCAAACAAAUGCUCAAUAUCUCGUCUAUUGAGUCCCCUAACGGGUUUAUCCGACCACACAUAUUUCACUAUAAUUCUGUCUUGUGGGUAUUGUAAUGUAUUUAAUUGUAUUGUUUUAAAAUAAAUAGUAAAAUGGGUUGAAUUAAAAAAACAUAAAAACCAAGUUAGCAACCUAUUUUUAUUUUGAAAUCAUCAUUCAACAUCCGGCGUGAUCCCUUUCCCCCGUUAAUUCUCUCCACGAUCCGCCGCUCUGGAUCCAUUGAGCAGCCUGGCCCGGGCCAACACUAAGCAGAGCCGAUCCUGCUCUGCGUUCCUCUCUCCCUGUCAGACACCUUUGAAAUGACCAUUCUCUCGUGCCACAGACCAUCUCGAGCGGCUUUAAAACAGUCUGUCUGUUAAAUGUAACGCCACGUCAGCCGUGCCCGCGAGCUGCGUCCGUAGGUUGAAUUGUCACGUUUGGGGACCGACGGACAAAAGAAUCUUGAAGUGAGGAGUGCUGCAGCCUUGCGUCAAAGCCAGCUAAAGCUAAACCGUGGUAGGACAGAUCAGCACGACAGACGGGCAACAGCCACGUUACCCGUCGGCAGCUAACGUAGCCAGACAGACAGGCUAUUUUUGGCCCGGUUGCUGUAAGACGGGGGCCUCAUAAGCUAUAACAUAUGAGGCCCAGUUGAAAAAGAUGGACCUGAAUUUUUAUUCGGAUUUAACGGACGGUACCGGGCAGCACGACGGUGACCCGGAGUUCCUGGAUCCGCAGUCCUUCAAUGGGUUUGACACUGACACCAAGUUCCCUGGAGGCAGUGACAACUACCUGACGAUCUCUGGGUCCGGCCAUCCCUUCCUCUCCUCCUCAGAGUGUUCCACUAAACCCAUUGACCUCUUCAACCUCGCGGGAUCUGCCGGUGGAACGUUCCACACUCCCAGCCUCGGCGAUGAGGAGUUCGAGAUCCCCCCCAUCUCGCUGGAUCCAGACUCGGCGCUCACCGUGUCGGACGUGGUGUCCCAUUUCGGGGGGCUGUCGGACACGGGUACCUCCGACAGCGUUGUGGUGCCCGGGAAUGCCGUGGUGGAAGGGGACGACCCCUCGUUCGCCUCCACCUUCGUCAACGCCCCCUCGCAGGGACUGGAGCACCUGAGCCUGGGAGUCAUCAGCCAGUCGGGAGGCAGCGCUCUGCUGGGCUCGUCGCUGGGCAUGGAUCUCGGCCACCCCAUCGGUUCUCAGUUUAGCAGCUCGUCCCCGGUGACCAUCGAUGUUCCGCUGGGCGACAUGAGCCAGGGCCUGCUGGGGUCCAGCCAGCUGACCACCAUCGACCAGUCCGAGCUCAGUGCUCAGCUGGGGCUCGGCCUGGGUGGCGGGAACAUGCUGCAGGGGCCCCAGUCGCCCGACAACCCUCUGUCGGCCACGGCGUCACCCACCAGCUCGCUCCAGGACGACGACAUGGACGACUUCAGAAGGAGCGUCCUGGUGGAGUCUCCGGUCUCUCUGGCCGUCUCCCCCGGAGUCAUCUCCCUCGACCCCUCCCUGUCUGCUCCCCCGCUCUCCUUCCCCACCACCAGCAUCUCGCCAGCCGCCGGGCGGAAAGGAGCGAAGAGGUGGAAGACUAAGAAAGACCCCAACGAGCCCCAGAAACCCGUGUCGGCCUACGCCUUGUUCUUCAGGGACACGCAGGCGGCCAUUAAGGGACAAAACCCCAACGCCACGUUUGGAGAGGUGUCGAAGAUCGUGGCCUCCAUGUGGGACAGCCUGGGGGAGGAGCAGAAACAGGUUUACAAGAGAAAAAACGAAGCGGCUAAGAGGGAUUACUUGAAGGCGCUGGCGGAGUACAGAGCUGGCCAGAGUUCUCAGGCCCCCAUCGAAGUCAUGGACACCUCCCCGUCGCCUCCGUCGCCCCCACCGUCGGCCCUGGGUCCCGCCGUCAUGGCCGCCCACGCCUCCACCCUCGCCGCCCGCUCCACCAGGUCGCAGCAUUACAACCCCGAGGAGAACACCAUCACCAACAUCUGCACCUCCAACAUCAUCCUGGACCUGCCGCAGGUCACGACGCGCUCCCGCACCGGCGCCACCAAACCCCAACCGCCGCCGCCUCCCGCCCCCGCCCCCGCCCCGCCGAACCCGCCCACCGUCGCCAAGAUCAUCAUCAAGCAGAUGCAGCUGCCCUCCGGCGGCGUGACGGUCACGGCGACGGCCGCUGCCUCCUCGCCGCGCCAGCCGCCACCGCUGCAGCAGAUGCAGAGCACCUCUCUGCCGCCUCGGCUGCAGCAGAUGGUGCACGCCCAGGCCCCGCCCCCUCUGCAGGCCAAGCCGCGAGGCGGAGGCGCGGUCGUCGCCACCACAGCUCCGCCCCCGCUGCAGAUCAAGGUCAUCCAGUCGUCGCGGCAGGUGGAUCCGAGAGCGGCGAUGAGCGUGACGUCGGCCGGCGGGGCGCCCACAUCGGUGUCCCCCGCGGGUCUGACGGUGGAGGUGGGACAGUCGGCCGACCUGGUGACGGGAGGAGAAGAAGUGGUGGAGGCAGAGGAAGGGAUGGAGGUUGAGGUGAACGUCGCCCCCGUCCCGAGUGUGAAUACUCCCGCUGCCAGCCGUAACAUCUGUGUGCGAGCCGGCUGCACGAGGCCCGCUGUGGAGUGCCAAGACUGGGACAAGGAGUACUGUAGCAAUGAGUGUGUCGCCACACACUGCAGAGAUGUGUUCAUGGCCUGGUGCGCCAUCCGAGGGCAGAACUUCACCACCGUCACAUAGGGGACGAGGACAGAGGAGAGUAACAAGGGGACGAGGACAGAGGAGAGUAACAAGGUGACAUGAACAGAGGAGGGAAGGAGCUACCAGGCUCGGGUGUCGGCACAUAAAGGCUCCGUUUUGUCGACGAGGCGGUCGCAGGAAAAGUAAUUGAAAAUCACUAAAAUCGACACAAAGGACUCUCCAGCAGCAAGAAAAACUCUGAAUUAUUUGGAAGUACCGCAGCGGGAAUGACUGCUCACAGAGAGGACAGAUGGAUGAAUAAUAAGACUGAAGAAAAAGGAGAAGAAGAAACUUCCAAGUGAUCAUCUAUUGUGAAUCUGAAAUAUGGGCGUGAUAAAGAAAAAGAACAUUUUGUUAUGGACUUAUGGUGUUUUUAAUUGUUUUGUGCAGGAAGGGGAAUCAUGGGAGUUAAUUUUAUUCAUUUAAAACACUUCACAUGUGUUCGCUCUUCCCUUUACUGUCACACUGGGGCUCGAGUCAUCUAUGAAGCGUUUAAUUGUUCUCUUCAUUAAUGUGAUCGGGUGCUUCUUUUAAAGAUGUAACAUACACACGAGCGACUACUGGGCAAAGCACAAACAAUCCUAAAGGUAUUUUGGAGUCGUACAAAAAGGUAAAAUGUUUGUGAGAUGACGGGGGAAAUUAAUCUGCCGCAAGCCAAAUGCAGUUCGUCACCUUUCUAAAGCACUUUAAACUACCACCGUGCAAACAAUUUUAACUCACACUUUGAAAACAGGUGCUAAGGUUCAGUCGAAAGAUGACUCGUGUUCUCCUCUCCUGCUGUAACACCCCGCAACAUAAGAGCUUUUUAAAUGUGUGGUGAAAGUAUCGGAAUGAAAUGAAACGCACACCAGCUCUGACAACACUACUGUACGGGGAAAUAUGAAAAGCUUUACUUUUUAACACAACUGUUUAAUUUAAAGAACUUUGCUUUCAGGUCUGUUGCAGAAUAAAGGAAGGGAAUGGUUGCUUCCAAAAAAAAA